UCGAAUCGGUCGUCGUCGUCGGUCGUCAACGACUCUAAACAAAAAAAUUCCCGAGUCUUACAUAUUUUUUAUCAUUAAUAAUAUCGUGUCGACGUCGUUACGUCUUCAACGCGGACACGUCACGCCGUCACUCCUCCUCCGCGUCGCUCGACACGCGAAGAUUAAUAUUAUAAUAUAUUGUAUUAACAAUACAAUAAAAUAAUAUAGCCGACAACUGAUGAGCGUUUGGGAUCGUUCGACGGAAACGAGGGAAACGUAUUUUAUUGAAACCCAACUACCAGCGAUUUAUCGAUAAAAUAGAGAAAAAAAACCGUACGAGGUUCGCAUCGCGAAUUCGAUCGGCCAAUGCCGCCUAGUGUCGAUCGCCGUCGUAGACUUCGCGGGAAAGUCGUGUCGCCGGCGAUUGCGCGUGGCGGCGAUAACGGGCGGUGAUAUACACGCGCACGCACCGAGUGGCGACUGCGACGACGGUGGCGGUUGUCGGUCGGUCGGUCGGACUGCGACGAAACGCGAAAAUCCUCGCAGAGUUAUCACGGCGAUAACAGCACAGCAAUAAUAUAUAUAGUCACUUACCUAUAUAAAAUCAUCGGAGUAUUAACUACUAGCAACACCGCGCCGCGAUCACCUUCCGGGAACGCACGUAGGUAGUCUUUCGCGUGCUCGUUCGUUCGGUCGACGUCAUGACGACGUGCCAUCGCCACCGCCGCCGAUGCGAUAGAUGAAAAACGCCAUCGGCCGUUGCGUUUCAACACAGCAGCCGACCUCCAGACAUGGAAGCCGUGGUCCAAUUCGAUUACGCGCCCAGCGAACCCGACGAGUUGACGUUGAAGAAAGGGGACGUCAUCACCGAUGUCAAGCCCAUGCCCGACGGAUGGAUGGAAGGACACAAGGACGGCAAGAAAGGAAUGUUUCCCGACACCUACGUUAAGAUUGUUCAUACUUCGGCCGGCGUCGUUUUGAGAAAAAAAAAUGCUAGAAAGUGUAAAGUGUUGUUCAGUUACAAACCAGCAAACAGAGACGAGUUGGAGUUGAACAUAGACGAUGUAAUUGAGGUUCUUGGCGAGGUCGAGGAAGGUUGGUGGAAAGGAGAGCUUAGGAAUGAAAUUGGUGUAUUUCCAUCCAACUAUGUCACUGAAAUAUCAGAUGUUAAGAGUAUUAGUAGAAGCGACUCCAAAACUUCAACUGGAUCCCUCAAGAAGGAAGAAAGCAUCAAGAAAGAAAAAUCUAUUGUGGAACCAAUCAAAACUGCUGAUAAUAAUAUUGAAUCCAAUGCUCCAGUUCUACCUCCAAAACCAGCUAAAGAAGUAUGUGUUGCACUCUUCCCUUACGAAGCUGUCAAUAGUGAUGAACUUUCACUGGCUGAAGGCGAUAUAGUUACUAUUUUAUCACGUGAAGUAGAAGACAAAGGCUGGUGGAAAGGAGAGCUCAAAGGAAGAAUUGGUGUGUUUCCUGACAAUUUUGUCCAAAUUAUGAAUCAAGAUGAGUUGGCAACAAAAUCCGAAAAAACAGUCAGUAGUCCACGUAGCGGCACAACGGCUUCACUGCGCAAAGUUUUUCAGAGCCAAAUGGAGAAUAAAUCUUUGGGACCAGGGGUGAGCAAAAAACCAGCUUUGCCACCACCACCACCUACGACCAAAAAACCACCCACUGCCAAAAGUUCUUCCACGUCUUCCUUGUCAAAAACUAUAAGUGGUAUUAAAUCCAUGUUGAAUUCUGAACAAAAUAACACAGAUAAGAUGAAGCAUAUAACGUCUGAAAUUGGUGAUUCUAAACAAUACGGCUCUAUAGCUGUAAAACGUUCAGAGUCUGUGGGUUCCAUGAAGAAAUCGUCUGAUUCGCCAGAUGGCUCAAGUAUGAGUAGAUCAAUAUACCAUGUUACACCAGAAUCAUCCCCUACUUCAUUAGUGUUUACAAAUCAUGAUAAUAAUUCUUCUGAGCCCAAGAGUCCUGAUUUUGAUCAAAUAGAGAGAACUGCCAUGCUUAGUCAUCCAACAGCAUCUCGUGCUAAGGCACCUAGAAGAAGGCCACCAUCUGCAGCAUUUAAUGUAUCCAGUGAGGAUGAUCCUGCAUUGGAUUCACCACCAACGAACGGAAUACCCGGUGUGGAUAAAGAGAAGGCUCCAUGGGUUCAAGAGUUGAAGAUGAAUCAGGCAAAGAAAUCAUCAAUUGCUAAUUCUGUGAUAGGUGGUGGUAGAACACGAGUGAUGAUCAAUCCAUCUACAACCACCAUAACAUCAGAGAGUUCAGAAACCACAACAGUUACAUCCAGAUCAGGUUUGACUUCAGUGGGCUUAGGUGGUGUUGUUUUUAAACCUCCUGGUUACGUGCCACCUCUAACCACACCCGAACCGGUCACAGUUAGCACACCAACCAGUCCUGUUACACCUAUGUCAGCCGAUUUUAGUUUGUCGACACCAUUAGUAGAUGGAAAUCUAAUAGCAGUGUUAAAUGAAAAGGUGAAACAAUUGGAGUCUACCGUUCAACUGCAAAACAGUUUACUUGAUAAGUUGUCGACAAAGUUGGAAGUGGAAACGGAAAAGCGUAUGGAUAUUGAGAAAGAAAUAAAAAAGAUUAUGGAACUCGUAACAAGAGUUUGACUUGGACAACAGUAUUUUUGUAUAAAUUAAUAGUUAUAAUAAUGAAAAGAUAAUCAAACAAGUACUUAAGACCAUUACCAAUUUGUUGCUUAUAAUUUAUUUAUUUCACGAGUAGCCAUGCAUUGAAUAUCAUGAUUACGUUAAUUGUUCAUUUUUAAUCAAUUAGUAUCGAUAAUUGAAAUUUAUUCCAAAAGUCAAAUCCAGAACUCUAAUCCUGAUUCUGUAUUCUAUCUCAUUGGAAAAAUUAGUACUGAUUAUUAUCUUUUGUGAUUACCAAUACACAUGUCCCUUGCACAUUAUAUAUAUUUUUGUUUUAUUCUUCUAGUCUUUAGAGUCAAAUUGUUCAUCAUCUUCAUUAAUAUUUUUAAUUAAGUAUUAUUAUUAUUAUUAUUAUUAUUGUAUUCUAAUCAUUCCUUGAAUUUUUUAGUUCAUUUUGAACACCAAAUGUGAUAAACAGUGGCAUUCCUGACAGUAAAUUAUCAAUUCAGUUUUCACACUAUUACCUCUAACUUCUUAGUUCUCAAUAUAAACAUUAUUCAAUUUUUCCUCUAUUAUAAUAUCUUGAAAGUAGCAUAUAGAGAUAAGUUCAAUUUUGAACUGUGUAUCUGCCACCAGAGUUUAUUUACAAAAUAAAUUUUUCAGUGAUUUUUUUACAUUCCUUAGAGUUACACACAUUAUUAUUCAUUAUAUAUUCAAAAAAAUGUACUUACCCAGAAAUGUUUUUAGCAAUAGUGUGCAAUUAGUGUAUUCUGUUGAGUUUCGUUAUGUAUAUUUAGACUGCCAGGAAUAUGGGGUCUAUGGUGUUUGAAAAUCAAUGUAUGAAAAAGUUAAUGUUGUUAAUCGGAUGUUCAUUUGUAAUUUUAUGUGACUUGCAAAUUGAUAUCCAUUUACAUACUCUAUUAUAAUAUAAAUUAUAUUUUUUAUAUGUUUAUUAAUUAAAUCCCUAGUCCAAUUUUUAUACCGCUAAAUAUUAAAUGUGCUAAAAAA